AUGGAUUACUACUUAUGGCUCUUUUUCACUAUUUGCCUUUUGCGCAUUGAGGCUGCAAUUGCCAUGUAUGACCCUUGCUUGGUCGACGAAACCUUUCAGAAAUGUCUGUAUCCCAAGGCUCGUGGCUCUGUGCACUUCGAGUUUAAGCCACUGUUCCCCAAAGGUGUGGACUUUGUGUACGCAUUCGACUCGGAAACUCAGGAGGACGCCGAUCAGCAAUAUGUCCCCGAAGGUUCGGUUGCUGCACCGGAUUCAAAGGUUGCAUUCUGGUUGGAGUACCCGGAAGUCAACCUGAACCCAGCAGCGCAUACAGAAACAUACAUGGUGGUGUUGGCGAACGAGAACUUUACCGGUAAUCCGAGCGGAGGCAACAACGGCUGUGAUGGACUUUGGGGAGCCAAAUGUUCCCGGAGCCUAGCAGCAUGGUUCAAAGCCGAAGUAGCGGGCGGGGCAUAUAGUCCCGGAGAGGCGAUUAGCCAACUUAGAAGCUAUUAUGGGGGAGAAUCUAGAACAGAAGAAGGGAAGCGUAUAUUGGAAGAUACCGGAUGCCCCGUUGGUUUCUUUAACGAGACUUUUGGAUAUGGAGCUUUCGCUAUUGAAAACGGAGAAGGUUCUAAGAACACUCUAAUAUAUGCAUCCGGAGGCUCCAAAGCUGCGUGGCUUAUAGAGAAGAUCUCUGCCACUGGGUAUGACGAACAGAUCAAGAAAGGCGUUGGUAUGUUCGUUCUUCGGAAGCCACUGCAGGGUGACCUCUACAAAGACGUGAAAAAUCUGCAGCUUGAAAUGGCCUGCGUGAGAGCAAAGCGUCUGUCUGAGGAAGAUAGCCCUAACCAGGGAGGUGAUAAUGGCAUGUCUGGAAACGGCGGCUCUAAUAUCCCAGGACUUCACUCCAGCGGUGCUACCAGGCCGACAUUCUCUGCGGGCUUAGUAUCACUAGCGGCGGUUCUACUGAACUUUAACUUUAAACUUGAGGCUCCAACAGCCGCCUUGCUGGACUCUGUAACUAUACAUACUCCGCAAGGCAGCAACAAUAAUAAUAAUAAUACGUCUUGUCGAUUGUUGUUCAAUACCCGCCAUCUUUCGCUCUUCAUUCCCCAAUCUCCAGGCAUGGCUACUAUUCAAGAUCUUCCGCUGGAGACCUUGCAGCAGAUCUGCGACUUCGUUGCUUCUGGCUAUAGAGCCUCCCUAUAUGAUUUUGCCCUGGUAUGCCAGCGAUGGUCUCUGGCAUCAAAUGCAGUACGGUUUCGAGAAAUCCGCCUAGUUGUUGAGAACCAGGGGAAACUAACUAAAGAUUUGGAUCACUUGAAUGGUGUGCUACGGAGUACGUCAGGUUUUCGGUCCGUCCGUCGACUUGAGAUUAAAGGGGAGCUCCCAGCUGAUGUAAAUACCUGGGCCCCAAAACGAAUAAGGCAGGCUAAGAAUUGCAUGGUUGAUACCGAUGAUGAGCUUGAAAGUGCGAAAUAUAUCCCGUAUACAAACCUUCUCGAGCUCCCAGAAGUCACUGUAGAGCUGGAUAAGUACGGACUCCAGUGGCUCAUUUCGUGGCCCAGCUCCGCGCCCUUCAAGACCUUGUCUUUGACUGCGCUAACCAGUUCCCACCAUGCUUGCUGGAUGUGCUACACCAAAGCCUACCCAGUUGGGUGGUCACGAGGCUUGGAUAAACACGAGUACUCACUGGCUACUUCUCCUUCAUUGCACUGCAUUAUCCUGCAUUACGGAUGGAAUGAAUCCGAAAGACUACUUGAUUAUCAUGACAUGGCUGUGGCUAGAAUGAGCCAAGGACUGGCUCCAAGCCUCAGACAUGUACAAGUUAUUGCCAGUUCAAUGUCACCGAUCACAUACAACAGGCGUGUUGAACACCGACCAAAACGAGAUAUAUUCCCUAACAAUACCCUAAACCCUGACGUUGACGUGCGUGGCGAACUCCACACCAUGAAAUUUAGCGGAUUUUUAUUGGGUAGACUUCAAGGAUGGAAUGAACGAAUUGUCUUCUCGUCAUUACGAGAGCUUAUUCUGGACACCAUCAUAGACCCGUUCAGCUUGAAAGAGGCGAGCACGUAUAAUUUUACCUCGCUUAAGACCCUCGAUCUACGCCUAGAGAGCGACAAUUGGGACGAACAUCCCUGGAUGGACGGAGCGACAAGUGUCUUCCUUCGAAGCCUGCCUCCUCUGGUCACGCUUAAACUUACUGGGAAUUUUGGCGAUGACUCGCUCAAGGCCAUAAUAGACCGUCACAACUCGUUGCAACGAAUCUGGCUCUUCCCUCGGACACAAUCUCACUUGAUGGUGACGGAUUUUACCUUAACAUUGGAUACAAUCCGGGACCUUACAUCACGCUGUUCAGAAUUGAGAACGGUCUGCCUUCUCAUCCCACGAGUCCUGGAGUCACAAGACAUGGCCGUAUACCAGUCUAUAGGCUGUCUUCUUCAUUUGAAAGACUUGUGUCUGUACCUCGACUGUAUUUGCUAUCAAGACACUAGACCGUCUCCCACCAUCGAAGACUAUUUACCGCAAAAUUUUGCAAAGAUAAAAAACUCAGUUAUGAAUGCAGCUCUAAAUGAGGAUAUUGCUCGCAAUAUCUUCCAUGAAAUUUACCAGGCUCAGUCCAGACGCAGGAUGCCCGUUUUUAAACGGCUUAGAGUACAGGCUACGAGGGUGAAGCUUAGAAGAGACAUUCCCGAGGACCUGGAUAGGAUACUCAAUGUCAGCAGUCAGGGCUAUGAACUUACUAUGAACCCGACUCAAAGGCAUGGUUGCUAUGAUAUCAUUAGUCAACGGUCCAGUCCCCGCAUUUUCUGGUAA